AUGGGUAAAUCAGGUGGUCUCCGCGCUGGUACUCGCUAUGCCUUCUCCCGGGGCUUCAAGAAGACGGGAAUGAUCUCCCUGUCGACAUACCUCCAGCAGUACAAGGUUGGAGAUAUUGUCGAUAUCAGAGCCAACGGUGCUCAGCAGAAGGGUAUGCCAUACAAGGUCUACCACGGAAAGACUGGUAUCGUCUACAACGUUACCAAGUCCUCCGUCGGCGUCAUCGUCCACAAGAAGGUCGGCAACCGCUACAUCGAGAAGCGUGUCAACAUCCGUAUCGAGCACAUCCACCACUCCAAGUGCCGUGAAGAGUUCGUCCGACGAGUCAAGGAGAAUGCUGCUAAGAGAAAAGCAGCCAAGGAGAACGGCGAGCACGUCCACUUGAAGAGACAGAUCCCUCUCCCAAGGGAAGCCCACACAGUGAAGACGACCGAUAACCUGCCCCAGACCAUUGUUCCUAUCCCAUACGAGACAACAAUCUAA